UUUUAAAUUUCAGAGCCUUAUCAGUUGGUAUGACGGUAUACACUUCUAUGUCUUAUCAUUUUGCAGUAUGAUAAGAAGUACGAACAAUAACAAGUGAAAAUGGCCAAGCGCGCCUUACUGGACCUCCUUUUACUUUUCUGUUUAAGUCAUUGCACUUCCGGUACAGCUGUAUGUCCUGAUGGAUUUAUUAAACAUCACGGUUCUUGUUAUGUCUUCCUUCACCAACAUUUCAGCUGGCCAGAAUCCAUUACAUUUUGUAAAGUGAUUGGCGCCCACUUGGUCACUAUUGAAUCUGAGAAUGAACACAACUUUCUGAUACAGAAAAUCCGCGAGAUCGAGGGGUCGUUUGAUAUUAAAGACUUCUGGAUUGAUUUGAAUGAUGCUGCUGAGCAAGGUACCUGGGUGUGGAGCCGUAGUCAUACGCAGGCGACCUACACGAAGUGGGGCGGAAGCAAUCCAAAUUUUUUCGCCCGGGAGGACUGUGUGGGACUCUUCCACGGCCUACAGUACCUCUUUGGGGAUGGUGUAUGCGACAGGAAUCAACAUCUAAUCUGUGAAAUUGAUUUGGACUUAGGAGAGAAUAUCAUAGGAAAAUAAUGCUGAUGAACUCAACACGACCAGUUUGUUAUUUGCUAUCACGACCAGUUUGUUAUUUGCUAUCAUAAAGAAGUGAAUACAUCGAUAGGCAGUU